GGGAACUCCAACAGCAACUAAAUAUGGAGAGUGAGUACUGUGUGUGAUCAGCGGUAACUACCCGGGAAUUUGCAAUACUUGACGCUGUACUCGGCUGUUUUACAUCUGGAAUCGACACCUAAAUCACAGAUUACGGCUGAUUGUCGUGGGAUCCGCGGCGUAGGGCUCGUACCUGGUUUAUUUCGCCGAUCCGUGUAACAGGGGAGGUUGUAAACAUGCCACAGAUAGAGGAAUUGGACCCAUUAUCGUUAUCUGACUCUGAAGAAGAAGAAGAGUACGUCCCACGGAAAUCUAGAAAAAAGACAGGAAAGAGGAAAACAGCUUCACCUUAUGGACAAUCUAAAGGUAUUUCUACCAAGGGUAGGAAAGUGGUAGACACCCGCAAUAAAACUGCAAGGGAUCUCUGGAUUGAAGGCAUGCGAUCAGGAACAGGGUAUUUUUCAAGUCGUAAGGUUUUACUUCGUACUGACUUAACAACACAAAGUCCAACUAUGAACAUGACAAAGCGACCCAAGUCUGCUGGCAUGAUGAACACCAGUCGGGAGUUAGAUGCUCUCAACGGCAAAACACCAAGAUCAGGUAGAGGGAGUGCUCCUACUUAUAAGCCACAGGAAGAAAUGUACGAUGAUAUCAUAGACUUGAAAAGACAAAUCAAUGGUUUGAAAGAGGAAAAUGAAAUCGUGAAAACAAGAAACAGAAGGUUGGAAAAAGAGAGCGUACAAAAACAGAAGCAAGUUGAACAACUCUUGGAUCCCAGCAAGUGCGAUGACUUGAGAAGAGUUAUGAAUGAGAAAAAGCCAGAUGCAGGCGCUGUUGUGAAUAGUCUAAAACAGAAAAACUUAAAAUUAGAACAGACACUGAGAGACAAAGAAGCCCAGUUGAGUAAAUUACAAAAUGAUUUGAAGAGCACAAAGAUGGAAGAGAUGAGGAUUGAAAAUGAGAUGUAUUAUUCUGAGAUAUUGAGACUACGUAGUCGCAGUGCACAUGGAAAUGAACAUACACAAAGGAGAAGUGACCAACCUGCGGCUAGUCACCAGGCGUCUAAGGUGAAGGCCCUGAACGCUACGAUAUUGCGGCUGACUGAGACAAAUCAACGACUUCAAUCCGAUAACAAGUUUCUAAAGCAGGACUUAGAAUCGGCCAUGGAAGGUACAAUGACCUCACCGAGGGGGAAGAAAACGGCUGUAAAGAAAAAGAAGGGCAAAUUUGACUAUGAAGACAUGAAUCGGAAAGAACUCCUGGCAGCCGUGGCGGAGCUAGAAGAGGAACUGCAAAGGUAUGAAAGUGGUUCCUUUCAUGAUGCUAAAAGAGGUUCACACAAUGUGGAAGGUAAAAUUGUGCUGAAAGGUGGUUUAUCUGAGCGAGUUGAACAGCUGGAUAAGAGAGAGACAGAGUUACUUGAGGAGAAAUUGAAAUUAGAAGAGCAAGUGUCUAGGCUUAAAACUGAUAAAACAAAACUCAGACAACAAAUAGAAGAAAAAGAAAUUGAAAUACAGAAUAUGAGGCAAGAUUUAUCUCGAAGAGAGGCUGAACAGCCAGUUGCAAGACCCAGACAGCGACCGAGUUCUGCUAGCUCUGUUUCAUCAUCCUCUACAAAUAAAAGACGAAGAGAGGAAGAAGAGCGGAACCGAAAAGUUGAAGAGUUGAGACAAAAACAUUCAGCAGCCACAAUUCAGAGAAACUGGAAAAGACACAAGGAGAGGAAAGGUGAUGAAGAACUUGAUGAUGCUGCUGUACUCAUUCAGUCAUCAGUUAGGGGACAUUGGUCUCGCAAAGAACAGUUGCAAAAAAUGGAGAGAUCAGGCCGACAUUCACCAAGUCGCAGCAUGUCUGGUCGCAGUCAUGGUCACAUAUCUGAAGAUGAUGAAAGCGGAUUAGAUGAUGCCGCUACCACCAUCCAAUCAGCGAUGAGAGGUCACUGGUCACGAAAGGACCAGAUUAACAAAAAUAGUCCCAGGCAUCCACCUUUAGAUGAUUCUGAUUCAGAUUCCUACAUACGCACUUCUAAAUCUCGUUCAGGGACAUUCCAGAAAACAAGUCAGUCAGGUUAUGGCAGAAGUAAAACUACUGCGUAUUCCGAAUCUGAUUCUGAUGACGAUUUAAUCAUGUCCACACCAACCAGGAAUUCACGAACAAAAACAACAACAUCAUCAUUUGGCAUGUCUAAUAGACCUGGAUCAGCUCGAUCCAGUGGUUCUAAAUCGGGGCGUGAGAGUCCGCUGAGAGGUGAACUUGGCCAAUACAGUCAAAGAAUUGAAGAGUCUGACGAAGACGACAGUGAUGAUGACCUUGUGAUUGCCACUUCCAGCUACAAAUCCAAAUCUAAAUUAUUUUAAUGAAGCAAAGAAUCUGUGAAGAUGAAAUUUAUUCUGAUAGAAUUUCUACUGAUACUUUUUGCAGUUUAAGUUCUGCAGUAAAAAGAAAUUGAAACAAGUUUUGUAUCUACUGGCAUCCUGGGGGGGGGGAUGUGGCAGACCAUUUUCCAUGUCAAGCCCAUUUGAACGUGAGCUGUAUUGAGUACGUACACAAUCCCUUAUCUCAUUGAUUUGGGUGCAUAGUGUACAUGCCGGUUGUGACUUAUUGGCUAUCAUGUGAAAAUCAAAUACCAUAUUUGUUCUUUUAUAAAUGCAUUUAUAUCGGCCAAAAAGAUUAUUUCUGACUUUAAAAGUAGACCAUCAUUGUUAUAAUAUGACCGUACAUUUAUGUGUUGAAACCUUUUUAAUGCAUAACCGAACAAAUACAGUACAUAUAGUAUCUGGUGACAAUUGUUACCAUAGUAACCUGUGAUCACAACUACAAAUCAAUGUAAUUUAUAUUUUUACAGUGCAACAGUCGCUGUGCAGCACAUGACAAAUUUCUUGUAAACAAUCUGUUUUUUUUGCGUGUUUUUGUAUGUUUAUGUCACUGGGACUCACAUUGACCACAAGGUGGUGGAAAACUGCAAUUUACUAGUGAUUGUAGGCAAUAUAAUGCAACAUUUGUAUAUUUAGUGAUAAAGUUAAACAUUCUUUCCUUUCCAAUUAUUUCCAUAAAUUUCACUGUAUAAAUAUUUCUUUGUAUAAAGAUGUAUAAAUUACAAAGUGUAUAAAUUUUAUAUCAUACUUUUUUUUUUUUUUUUCACCAAUAAACGUUGCUAACAUUGCAGAUUAUCCAGCAUCUUUACUUAGAUAAAUACACACUAUCAAAUAUCACAGAGAAGGGAUUCUUCUAUACAUAUGGUGCUGAAGAUAUCAAUAUUUCGAUAUCUGAAGUACCAAGAUUCAAAACAGUCACAGUCUGUUUUUGAUAUGGAUCUAUUUUAUUUGCAAACUGAUUGCUCACCGAAAACUCAGGGAGUCUUAUAUGUUUCACUGUACCACUUUCAUUUACUCUGUGUCCAAAAUAAGGGUAUGCAUGUUCAAACUUAAACAAAUGAUGUAUUUUACUCCCUCUAUAUACAUUGCAUACAUAUUUUUACAGAGGGAUUGAACGUAGUAUACUGUAAAACACUUUGAAAUAGCUACAUGCCAUUUUAGCGAAUUUGACUCCAUGCAUGAAUUAACUGAAUCUUAAUUUAGCUAAAGUGCCAACAAUCUUAGUGUGAGAAUAUACUUUAUUCUAAUUAGUGACAUCUUAAUUUAGCGAAUUAGCUAAAUUAGCUAAAAUAACAUGCUAGCUAAAAAGACAUGUUUUACAGUAUCAAAGUACAGCUGCUGGAUAAUUUGCAUAUUAGCGUCUGUUGGACAUUGCCAAAAUUGUUUUGGCGUUUACAAGUUUGUAAAUUAUUGUUAUAUAUAUAUAGACACUACUGAAAAAUUAAAUAAUGAGAAACACAUGAUUGUUAUACAAUCAUGUUGAUGCCGGCAAAUUUACUACUUCAAGAAUUUAUGGUGGUAUUUCAAGAACCGAGAAUUUUUGUUGACAUUUAAAUCAGAUGAUUUGCACCUAUCAGACUUACUUUUAUAUUAUGUAUAUAGUGUAUUUUGUAACCAAAAUAUUUCCAUAAAAAGUUGCAAAUGCACCUCAAUGACAUCCCCUCUCUCAAGGUCACACAUCCUGGUACUUUGAAUCAUUUUGAACAUCGUACUUCCAUUUUUGUUUUGCGGGCACCGAAAUAAACUGAUCAUGAAAACCGCUAUCUCCAUGUCAAUUUCCCUUGGAAGAUUUAUUGUGAUUGAAAACUUGCAUAUCGAAAAUUAUAUUAUAUUUCAUAGGGGCUGUUUGAAUUUGAAAUCAAAUUUUAUACUUGUGAUCACAUGAUAAUUCGUGUUUUAGUGUAGAAUACUCAUAAGAUAAAAGAAAAUCAUCAUUUUAAUAUUUCAUGCAAUUACUCGCCACAAAAUCAACUGUCCACAGAGCACCAUCUGCAACAUGAAAUAUUUGAGAACAGAUAUAUUCCACAGUUGUAAUUUGAAUAUGGAUAACGUCUAAUAAUAUUCUAAAUUGAAUUUUCAUCAACACAUAGAUAUAACAAAAAAAUUUAAAAACAUACUGUUUAUCACCUCCAGGAAAAAUGGUUGUGUCCAGGAGUGUUGCCUGUUUGUAUUGAAAGAAUUAUAGUUUGGUGUUUGCCAGUUUCGUUUGGCAUGUUGCAUGUGACCUUUAGAGGGUGGAUACACAGUCUAUUUAAAAUACCAUAUUUGCUGUAUUAGUAGCCUCGGCAUAAACUACAGGUGAUUCUAUUGCAAACCAGACAACCAAUAAAAGUGUAAGAUGGCACCAAUUUUAUUUUCCAUGCAAUAUUAUUUUGCAAUUUAUUUCAGUUUCAAGGAUUUUCAAGUUUAUUAACUUUAGUUUCAAUAUAUUGUAAUUGGUCAUAAUAUAGUUUUUUCCUUGUAAAACAAUUCUUUUAUGAAUUUGCAGACAGGUCUGUUUUAUAUUAUACAUAUAUUUUCAAAUUUUAAUUUCCUCUUUUUGAUUUAUAAAAUGAUGUUCCAGACAAUAUAUGUAAAAAGUACUUAAAUAAAAUUCUUCUUUUUUUAAAAAAUUUAUUAUACUAUCAAUAUUUCUUAUAUUUGCAUGUUAUCAUUUGUCCCAUUUCCGA